AGAGUGCCCUUUUUCCCUCUCUCCCAUCGAUUGAAGCGAGGGAGCUGCUGCUGUUGCUGCUGCUGCUGGAGGAAGAAAGAAAGAGCCAGCCACACACGCAUCUGCGGAGCAAAGAGAAGAAGGAGAAGGAAAGGAGGAGGAGAAGAGGAGGAGAGGAGGAAGGGCCAGACUUGAAGCUCUGGACCCAGCCAGGAUGACCCACCGCCCGGAGAAGGAGCACCACUGAGAAAUCCAGGCUCUUUCUCUCUUGCCUUCCAAAGAGAAAGAGUCUGCCUUGGCUCCCCGGGUGAGGGAUCCCAGCCGCCAGGCGAGAGGUCUUUCUGGCGGGGGAGGAGGCGACCCCUGGGCGAUUCCCUGGCCCCAAAGCACCCCUGGCGCCCUGGAUGUGGGAAGCAGCGGCGGCGGCGGUGGAAGAGGACCCCCGGAUCCCCGCGAAAUGUCGCAAUGGGAGGCGCGGGGUCUGACUCGCCCGGAGCAGAAGCAGCAGCAGCAGCCGCCGGAGCCGGAGCCCAGGCGGUAUGAAGCCGCCUCCGUCUGUCAGCCCCAGCAGCAGCAGCAGCAGCCCCAUCAGCAGCCCAGGACCCCCAGACCAGCCCGGCGGCGGAGUUGUUGGAGGAGGAGGCGGCGGUGGCGGAGGAGGAGGCAACAUGGCUCCGGCUGUUGAUGCCUGCGAGCCCGAGAACAGCAGCAGCACCAGCAGCAGCGGCGGAGGGGCCGGCGGGGAAGGGGAGCAGCCCGAGAGGAGCGGCGGUGGCCCAGGAAGGGGCCGGAGGAGGAGGAGGAGGAAGCACCGGCGGCGGAGGGGGAGGGCGCCCCGGACCCCCGAGGCCCCGGGGCCCGACCCGGAGUAUCUGCAGAGGCCCAGCUACUGCGACGCCGGCUUCGCCUUGGAGCAGAUCGCGAAGGGCAAGGCGACGGGGAGAAAGGCCCCGCUGUGGCUGAGAGCCCAGUUCCAGAGACUGCUCUUUAAGCUGGGCUGCUACAUCCAGAGGAACUGCGGCAAGUUCUUGGUGGUGGGCCUCCUCAUCUUCGGGGCUUUCGCCGUGGGAUUACGAGCCGCCAACCUGGAAACCAAUGUGGAGGAGCUCUGGGUGGAAGUUGGUGGACGAGUGAGUCGGGAGUUAAGUUACACGCGCCAGAAGAUUGGAGAAGAGGCCAUGUUUAAUCCUCAACUCAUGAUUCAGACACCACAAGAAGACUGUGCUAAUGUACUAACAACAGAAGCACUCAGACAGCACCUUGAUUCUGCACUUCAGGCCAGCAGGGUACACGUAUAUAUGUACAACAGACAAUGGAAAUUGGAACACUUAUGUCAUAAAUCAGGGGAACCAAUCACGGAAACAGGUUACAUGGACAAGAUUAUAGAACAUCUUUACCCUUGUUUAAUUAUCACACCUUUGGACUGCUUUUGGGAGGGUGCCAAGUUACAGUCAGGGACUGCAUAUCUACCAGGGAAACCCCAUUUGCAGUGGACCAACUUUGACCCCUUAGAGUUCUUAGAAGAGUUGAAGAAAAUAAAUUCUCAAGUAGAUACCUGGGAGGAAAUGCUAAAUAAAGCAGAAGUUGGUCAUGGGUAUAUGGAUCGACCUUGCCUGAAUCCUGAUGAUCCUGAUUGCCCUAUCACAGCCCCAAACAAAAAUUCAACCAAACCUGUUGAUGUAGCCCUUGUUUUAAGUGGUGGAUGCUAUGGGCUAUCCAGAAAAUACAUGCAUUGGCAGGAAGAGUUAAUCAUUGGUGGCACGGUUAAAAAUGGCACUGGAAAACUUGUCAGUGCUCAGGCUCUACAAACCAUGUUUCAGUUAAUGACUCCCAAGCAAAUGUAUGAACAUUUUAAGGGCUAUGACUAUGUUUCGCACAUCAACUGGAAUGAGGACAAAGCUGCUGCAAUUCUGGAAGCCUGGCAAAGGAUGUAUGUUCAGGUUGUCCAUCAAAGUGUUGCACAAAACUCUACUCAGAAGGUGCUUUCUUUUACUACGACUACUCUGGAGGACAUCCUAAAAUCAUUUUCCGAUGUCAGUGUUAUCAGAGUUGCCAGCGGCUAUCUUCUAAUGCUUGCCUAUGCCUGUUUAACCAUGCUGCGAUGGGACUGCGCUAAGUCCCAGGGUGCCGUGGGACUGGCAGGAGUCUUGUUGGUUGCACUGUCAGUAGCUGCAGGAUUGGGGCUGUGCUCAUUGAUUGGGAUUUCCUUUAAUGCUGCAACAACUCAGGUUUUACCCUUUCUUGCUCUAGGAGUUGGUGUGGAUGAUGUCUUCCUUUUGGCACAUGCAUUUAGUGAAACUGGGCAAAACAAGAGAAUUCCAUUUGAGGACAGAACAGGGGAAUGUUUGAAACGCACUGGAGCAAGUGUGGCCCUUACAUCCAUCAGUAAUGUUACAGCAUUCUUCAUGGCUGCCUUGAUUCCUAUUCCUGCUCUACGAGCAUUUUCCCUCCAGGCUGCUGUAGUAGUGGUGUUCAACUUUGCCAUGGUUCUAUUAAUUUUUCCUGCUAUUUUGAGUAUGGAUUUGUAUCGUCGUGAAGACCGGAGAUUGGAUAUAUUCUGCUGUUUUACAAGCCCUUGUGUCAGCAGAGUAAUUCAGAUUGCACCACAAGCAUAUACAGAGGCUGGUGACAACAUACGCUACAGCCCUCCACCUCCCUAUAGCAGCCACAGUUUUGCACAUGAAACUCAGAUCACAAUGCAGUCCACAGUCCAGUUGCGCACUGAAUAUGACCCUCAUACCCAGGUUUAUUAUACCACAGCAGAACCUCGUUCAGAAAUUUCGGUACAGCCGGUCACAGCAACACAAGAUAACCUCAACUGCCAAAGCCCAGAAAGCACAAGUUCAACACGGGAUCUCCUUUCCCAGUACUCAGAAUCUACUCUGCAUUGUCUUGAGCCACCUUGUACUAAAUGGACACUCUCCUCCUUUGCUGAAAAGCAAUAUGCACCAUUCCUGUUAAAUCCAAAAGCAAAGAUUGUGGUCAUUUUUCUUUUUCUGGCCUUACUUGGCCUCAGCCUUUAUGGAACCACCUGUGUGAGAGAUGGACUGGAUCUUACGGACAUUGUGCCACGGGAAACACGGGAAUAUGACUUCAUUGCAGCCCAAUUCAAGUACUUCUCGUUCUACCACAUGUACAUAGUGACGCAAAAAGCAGAUUAUCCCAACAUCCAGCACUUGCUUUAUGAACUUCACAAAAGUUUCAGCAAUGUAACAUAUGUGUUGUUGGAAGAAAACAACCAGCUUCCAAAAAUGUGGUUGCACUACUUUAGAGACUGGCUGCAAGGACUUCAGGAGGCUUUUGACAGUGACUGGAAAUCUGGAAAGAUAACCCUCAGCAGUUACAAAAAUGGAUCUGAAGAUGCUGUUCUGGCGUAUAAACUUCUGGUUCAAACAAUUUCAGGCGUCCGAGAUAAACCCAUUAAUAUUAGCCAGUUGUCUAAACAGCGCCUAGUGGAUGCAAAUGGAAUCAUUAACCCAAAGGCUUUCUACAUCUACCUGACAGCAUGGGUUAGCAAUGACCCCGUGGCUUAUGCGGCCUCUCAAGCCAACAUCCGGCCUCACCGUCCAGAAUGGGUCCAUGACAAAGCCGACUAUAUGCCAGUAACCAUCCCAGAAGCAGAGCCUAUUGAAUAUGCUCAGUUUCCUUUCUACCUCAACGGACUGCGUGAUACUUCUGACUUUGUGGAAGCUAUUGAGAAAGUGAGAGCAAUAUGCAAUAACUACACCAGCCUUGGGGUUCCCAGUUACCCAAAUGGAUAUCCAUUCCUCUUUUGGGAACAGUACAUUGGCCUUCGUCAUUGGCUUCUCUUGUCCAUUAGCGUGGUUCUGGCCUGCACGUUUCUGGUGUGUGCCCUCUUCCUUCUGAACCCCUGGACAGCUGGAAUCAUUGUUGUGGUGCUGGCUCUGAUGACAGUGGAACUUUUUGGCAUGAUGGGUCUUAUUGGAAUAAAGCUGAGUGCAGUGCCUGUUGUCAUCUUGAUUGCGUCUGUUGGAAUUGGAGUGGAGUUUACUGUUCACAUUGCCUUGGCAUUUCUGACUGCAAUGGGAGACAAGAAUCGCAGGGCUGUCCUUGCAUUAGAGCACAUGUUUGCACCUGUGUUGGAUGGAGCUGUGUCUACACUGCUUGGUGUCCUAAUGCUUGCAGGAUCUGAGUUUGACUUUAUUGUCAGAUAUUUCUUUGCUGUUUUGGCGAUUUUAACCAUCUUGGGUGCUUUGAAUGGACUGGUGCUACUUCCUGUUCUCCUUUCCCUAUUUGGACCAUAUCCUGAGGUUUCUCCAGUCAGUGGAAGGAGCACGUUACCAACCCCUUCUUCGGAGCCUCCCCCAAGCAUCGUGAGGUUUGCCAUACCAUCAACUCAUACUCAGAAUGGGUCAGAUUCAUCUGAUUCCGAGUAUAGUUCUCAGACCACAGUAUCAGGAAUCAGUGAAGAGCUCCAUCAGUAUGAGGCUACACAAAGAACAGGUGCUCCACUCCAUCAAGUAAUUACUGAAGCAACUGAAAACCCAGUAUUUGCCAGAUCCUCUGUGGUCCAGCCAGAGAUGCGGUAUCAUCAGCCAAAUCCAGGGGUACAGAUCAGCCAAGAGCCUGGAUUGCAACAAACAUGGCAUCAAAAUAGAAAACCCAAAAGAGAACCAAGGGAAGGACUCCGGCCACCCCCAUAUCGGCCACGCAGGGAUGCUUUUGAAACUUCUACUGAAGGGCAUUCCUGUCCAAGUAACAGGGACUGCUCUAGCCAGAGAGCUCGUUCUCAGAAUAUCAGGAACCCAGCCUUCACUGCCAUGGGUGCUUCAGUGCCACCAUACUGCCAGCCUAUCACUACUGUGACUGCCUCAGCUUCAGUUACUGUUGCUGUACAUCCUGCUAUGCACGGCCACAGUACUCGUGGAGGAGGUUUUCCAUCCUAUGAGGGAUACCAUGAAACCGACCACGGACAGUUUGAGGACCCUCAUGUGCCUUUUAAUGUUCGGUGUGAAAGGAGGAACUCUAAAGUAGAAGUAAUAGAACUGCAAGAUGUUGAAUGUGAGGAAAGGACUCGUGGCAACAACUUAGAUUAAGGGAAAUAACUGAAGCAAAGAAGAGGCCAAAGAUGGGAAACCUCCUCUUUCCAGAACUGCUUGAAGAGAAACUGCUUGAAGUUAUGGAAAAGGACAAUGCUGCAUCAGGGCAACAGUUCCCCAUUACUGUAACCUAUUGUAUUAUUUUGUGAGAUAAUUCUAUAAAUAUUUAAAAGAUGUACACAUGUGUAAUAUACCAGAGAAACCAUGUAAUGUAGUAUAAUCUGGAGUUAUUUUAACUCCUGUUUAACAGAGUGGGGACUAUUGUUUGUGCUCUGUACUUUUUGUACAUUGAUCUCUGUGCCACAACUAAGCUUAAUCUAGUCGUAAAUUUCAGCAUAUGUUGCUGCUGCUUAAAUAUUGUAUAAUUUACAUGUAUAAUUCUAUGCAAAUAUUGCUAAUGUAUUAGAAUUUUUUGUAAAGGAGUGUGUGAGAAUGAGUGUGUGUGCAUGUGUGGUAUUUUGUAAAGUAUUUUAAAAUUUUCAUAUCACAAACCUGUGGUAGUAUGAAAUGUUUCUGUUAAUUUUCAAACACGCUAUGCGUGAUAUUCUUUUUCUUUUUCUGAGUUAUUUUUUUAAUGAGCAUUCAUUAAGAGGAGUGUGUUAAUCUUGGUGAAUGAAGCAGGUGUAGCUGUGUGUGGAUUUGGGGGAGAGCGUUAUGUGUGAGCUUGUUACUCUGACUUUGUGGAGUAUAGACUAUUGUGAACUUCCAACACAUGCUCUACUGAAAUAAAUGCCACAUCUGUAAGUAAUCACUCAUGUGCCACUCCAGUACAUAGUCAGUGGCACAUGUGGAAGAAGAUUGUGCCUCAUACUUCUUGGCCUUAACAGUCCACCAAUGCUGGUUCAGCCUAUAGCCUUGCAUCCUUCUGUUUUUGCUUUUACUGACAUUGAAAACAGUAGGCCUUCCAUGCAUGCAGUCACAUACAGGGUCACAGUAAAUUUUGUAGAGAACCAGUGAAAGUGUUUGGGGGGAUCAACAGCUGCUACUGAUGGCCUCAUGCAAGAGAACAGACUCCUGCAUGUUUCCUGGGGCAGGUGCAUGGUCUACCCUCAUAACAAGAGCCCUGGAGUUACUUCAAGGGAGGGCUUAUAAAAUCUGUCACCUGUAGAAGACUCAGAGGUACAUACAGAAAACAUGCAAAUCAUUAACAGGUCUUCUUUAUACCCUUCAGCCUUAAUGUGGCACCCACUAGCGAGGGAGUGAAACGUACUUGUUGUGAUGUUUAAAAGUAGUUUCUUGUGGAUGUGUAACCUGUCAGGUAUUCCCACUGAAACAACACUGUGUUUAUAUAAGUCCCACUUGUUUCACUGAGCCUUUGGCAGAAGUUCUCAAGUGGAUUUGCUUGUGCACUUGGUUUAUCAAUAUGCUGGCCAGUUAGCUCCAGUUAGCUGCCCUCAUGUGAGUGGUGGCCCUAUGUAUAGAAUUUACCAGACUGAUGCUCUUCUGCUGAUUGGCGGUUCUGGUCAGUCCAGUGUGAUCAUCAUAUGUCAUGGCUAGAGCAGGAGGAAGGGCAAAUUCAGCUUUGGGAAUCAAUGUCAGUCAUAUUCCAGGGGCCCAUAUUGGGUUGGCCUUAGGUGACGAUGUCAACAAUUAGUCUUUCCAGUUCAGAGAUGAUUUGAAUUGAAUUAUACCUCUCCCAGGGUCAGCUUUUGCCCAUAGAUCUUUGUUCAGUCCUCUUAGAUGCCUAUCACUGUAACAUGUAAAGUGGUAUACACUUUUCUGUCCUUUGGCUUAACAAUUCUUUGAUGUGUUGUUUACAUCUAUCUAAAAUUUGCAUUUGAAAGAGAUGUGUCAUUAUUUCAGCAGUACAUAAGCUACUAUUUAGUGGAGCAACAAAGCUCAAGCUAUUGGUCCACUUUCCUUACAAACAUAAAACAUUUUGUGACAAAAUAAUACUGGGACACUUACUUUUUCAAAGGAUCAUGACCAUUACAUGUGAUUUAAAAAAAAACAAGUAACUGCGAUGUUGCUUGUUACAGGCUUUUUUUAAGAUGCUCAUUACUUUUUCUGUAGUCUCCCUGUUGAUUUAUAUUUCUUUUUAGUUACUUUUGCGGUCACACAAUCCAUCUAAAAUGGCAAUAAAAUCUUAAAAUUUGGGGAGAAAUCCACUUACCAGACCGCCAGAAGCAUUCCUCCCCUUAGUAAUGCACAGAAGUAAUGAGAAAUGUUCGUCAUUUAUGGGGGCAAAUAACAUUACCAAAUGUUACAUUACUUUCUAAAGGACCAUUGUCAUGCCCUUGUUAUAGGAAGCAAUAUUGUUGUUACAUGUUACUUCCCAUUCUGUAGCCCAAAGAAUUCUAGUAUCAAAUUCAGUAAAAGCAAUAUGGUGAUGUGCGAUUAUUUUUUUAAAAUCUACAUAAAAUUCUGAAGCAGGAUUAUAUGAUACCAAAUGCAGGCUAUCUUUUACUAUCACAUGUGGAAUCAUUACUCAUAUGCUGGUUUCCCAUUGAUAUUUCUUUAGGGGCUAUUAGUCACUUCUUGAUUAUUAUUCUUAUUCUUUGAACAGAAAAAUAAGAAGUCAAUAGACCCUUCUUCACCUUAGUCUCUCCCAUGUCUUUGUAUGUGAGGGGGGAAUUUCCCUCUUGUUUGUGAGGUGCUGUCCCUGGGUGCAUAGCAGAGACGAUUUUCUCUUCUUGUCACAUUGGCAAAAGGAGAUCUCAGUAGCUGGCUGGUUUUCUUUGUUUUGUUUUUUAAUGUUAAUUGUUGUUGAUAUUUAUAUUUUUGUAUCAUAAGAGUGUUUUCUUACAGUAUUUGUCAUGCCAGUUUAUAACAAACACAAUGCAGGGAUUUUAUUUCUAUUGGAAACACUAUUACAGCUAUGUUUUUACUUUUUAAUGGAAUUUUUAUUUGUAUAGAAUUCUUACUAAUGUUAAAUAGGGAGAGAGUAUAUAACAUUUACAUUAAGGACUCGUUUUGUAGCUUUUUAGAGCAAGGAGUUAAAAGGAAAAAAAUAUUCAGACUGGGUCUCACUGUCUGCCUGUUUUUAGCAGGAAUGGGUUUGUGUUUCAGUUCAAAGAUAAAAGUAUGCCAUAUAAUUUAUUUAUAUGAAAAUUUAUUUUUGUAGUGUACAUAGUAGUCCUCAAUUCUUUUGACAGAAUUAUAUUUUUAAAGAGUUUAUAUGUAAUGAUGAUGCCAUUAUGUUUUGGAACAUUGCUGAGACAUAAAUACAAUGCACACUUUUCAUGACAAAUCCCAUUUGCAAACAAAGAAAAGGUUAACAGUGUUAAAGAGAGUAGGGAUAUUUCAUGUCAUUCUGAACUGUUUUAGGUUUACUAUUUUUUUUAUCUAGUGUGAUUCUCAAUUUUAAAUCAUAAAUGGAAAUUUGUACAAACUCUCUAAACAUUAAUGUGCAAACACUGAUAGAAAUUCUAACAUGAAUAAAAAAUAUUAUAACUUA